AAGACAUAAAUGCUGCACCUGAGGGGAAAGUCCAGAAGAAGAGAGUGUAGGCCUGUGCCUGCAAUAACAAUCCUGACACUGGGUUUAUAGAUCAGCCGUGUGCAAGUUAAAGUUUCAGGUAAACAGAAAUGGCGCCCGUAGCAGUAACUCGGCUCCUCGCCUUGAUCUCACUGACUGUGGCCCUAGACAACGGAUUGCUGAGGACUCCACCUAUGGGAUGGAUGGCCUGGGAACGCUUUCGCUGUGAAAUUGACUGUAAAAAUGACCCAGAGAACUGCAUCAGCGAGAGUCUGUUCAGAGACAUGGCCGACCGGCUUGCUGAGGAUGGCUGGAAGGAGCUGGGCUAUGAGUUUCCAGGGGGCAUUGCAAAACUGGCAAAGUAUAUCCAUGACCGUGGGCUAAAGCUGGGUAUCUAUGCAGACAUUGGUACUCAGACAUGUAUGGGAUUCCCUGGCACCACACUGGAUAAAAUCGAGAUUGAUGCCCUGACCUUUGCUAGCUGGGGGGUAGACUAUCUGAAGUUUGAUGGCUGUUCCUCAAAUUCUGUGGAACAAAUGCUGGGUUACCCUCUGAUGUCCAAGGCUUUGAAUGCUACAGGCAGACCUAUGGCCUUCUCCUGUAGUUGGCCUGUCUAUGUGGGAGGCCUUCCACCUAACGUGAAUUACUCUUUCCUGGGUGAUAUUUGUAACCUGUGGAGGAAUUACUACGAUAUCCAAGACUCAUGGGAUAGUGUGCAAGGCAUUGUUGAGUGGUUCUCCAACAACCAGGAUGAUCUGCAGCCUGCUGCAGGGCCUGGACGAUGGAAUGAUCCUGACAUGCUCAUUAUUGGAAACUUUGGUCUGAGUGAGGACCAGGCUUGCUCUCAGAUGGCUCUGUGGGCUAUAAUGGCUGCACCACUCAUCAUGUCCAAUGACCUUCGAAACCUGGAUAAAAGCGCGACGGCCAUCCUGCAAAACAAAGUGGCCAUUGCCAUCAACCAGGACCCUAUGGGGAUCCAGGGAAGACGCCUGCUGCAGGAGAAGAGCCAUAUUGAGGUGUUCUGGAGGCCUCUAUCUCAAUCAGCAAGUGCCCUUGUGUUCCUGAGUCGACGGACAGAUAUGCCCUACCUCUACCACACCUGUCUGGCUAAACUCAACUAUGAUGCUGGCAACUAUGAGGCCUAUGAUGUGUUCACUGGCUCAACGGUGAUGGGGUUGAAUGCCACCACAGAGUUUACUGUCUCCAUCAACCCCUCAGGUGUUGUCAUGUGGUACGUCUACCCAGAGCAACAGUCCAAACAGACGGAGACACUCCACUACUAGCACAAGAAAGCCUCACAAUUCACACUUGACAAAGCUAAAUCUGUACAUCAUACUGUCGAUACUGUAUGACGGAACUGACAUGGAUUAAAAAAAAAAAAAAAAAAAAAGAACUUGAUAGAAUCAUUUCAAAUGCUGACAGACAAAGCCACAACUUGAUUUUCACUGAUUGUUGAAGAGAUGUUCUUUUGCACUGAUGUAUGUUUUUAUGAAACCAAACAUUGUUUUUAAAUGUUGUGUUCUUUGUCAGAAUUGUUCAGAGGUGUUGGUUAAAUUAUUAAAACAUUUACUAGUUGUUGUCCUGUUUGUGAUG